AUGGACGCCGACGCGGCGCCUACGCUUCCUUGCCCCGACGAGCAACGCCUGACCACACAGCGCGCGCCCUUGCCCGCACUCUCGCCACGCAUCGACGCGCCGAUGCCGUCCGAGUGGUCAUCUCCAUUCUCCAUGGACGCCAACGCGGCACCCACGCCUCCUUCCCCUCCCAGUUCGAAGAAGCGCUCGCUCAGCCCUCUGCUCGGCAUGGGCGACGGCCACCAGGACCCAAACUCUACCCCAUGCGGCUCUCCCUCCCGCAGGCUCCGCAUAUCCGCAGAGAGCACCGUGGUCGCGCUCGCUGCGGCGGCCACACUCUGGUCGGACGUCGACGGAGGGCAUGAAGAUGUCCAGAGUCUCGAAUCCGUGGGCAUCGCUGUCGACUUAGGCCGCGGCGACGUUCAGGGACUCCAACCCUCGGGCGACGGAUGCCAUGGCGUCGCCCCUAACUAUCCCAAGAGAUGGAGCGACGCCGACGAGGUCACGCUCCUCGCCGCAGCCGCCUUCUUCCGCGAGCGCACCGGGCGAUCCCCGCUCCCCAUCGACGCGGGCGCGCUGUUCGACUCCAUCAGGGACUCCGUCUCCCCGCACAUCAACGAAGCCAAUGUGCCCUACAAGCUGACGCGCUUCAGGAGCAAGUUCCUGCACUCGGCGCCGGGGGAAUCCGCCACUUCGCACGACCGCCUCUUGCAUGAUCUCAGUGUCAAAGCGUGGGGCUCUGUCAACACUGUGGCUCGAGACGCCCGAGAUGCAGCAACCAAGACGCCAGUGGUAACCGAGGUGCUUGAGGCCCGAGAUGCAGCAACCAAGCUGGCAGUGGUCACCGAGGUGCUUCGUGAGUACUGGAAAAUGAAUGAAUUGGCGGGGUUGUCACUGGAGAAGGGGCUGUCACUACUAUGGAAAAAGAAUGGUAGAUUGAUUGAAACCAGGUGGAGGAAGCAGUUUGAUGGAGAGAUGAAAACACAAAUGCGGUGGCAUGAUCUGGCUAAGGAAAUUUGUGGCUUGCUCAAUGAUACCAUCAAGGGCCUAGGGACAUAA